GGCGGCGGCAGGCGGAGGCGCCAUGGAGCCGGCGGAGGUGAAGGACCGCAUCCUGGAGAACAUCUCCCUCUCCGUCAAGAAGCUGCAGAGCUACUUUGCUGCCUGUGAAGAUGAGACACCGGCCAUCAGAAACCACGACAAGGUCCUGCAGCGGCUCUGUGAACACCUGGACCACGCUCUGCUCUAUGGACUGCAAGAUCUUUCCUCAGGGUACUGGGUGCUGGUGGUUCACUUCACGCGCCGGGAGGCCAUCAAACAGAUUGAAGUGCUGCAGCACGUGGCCACCAACCUGGGGCGCAGCCGGGCCUGGCUGUACCUUGCCCUCAACGAAAAUUCCUUGGAGAGCUACUUGAGGCUGUUCCAGGAGAACCUCAGCUUGCUGCACAAGUACUAUGUCAAGAACGCCCUGGUCUGCAGUCACGAUCAUCUGACCUUGUUCUUAACACUGGUGUCCGGGCUGGAGUUCAUCCGCUUUGACUUGGACCUGGAUGCUCCAUACCUGGAUCUGGCCCCCUACAUGCCGGAUUACUACAAGCCUCAGUACCUGCUGGACUUCGAGGAGCGCCUGCCCAGCUCCGUGCACGGCUCCGACAGCCUCUCCCUCAACUCCUUCAACUCUGUCACCUCCACCAACCUGGAGUGGGAUGACAGUGCCAUUGCUCCAUCCAGUGAGGAUUAUGAUUUUGGAGAUGUCUUUCCAGCAAUGCAGACCAUGCCCAGCAGAGACUGGGAAGGUGGGACACGCUCAUCUCUUACAACCCCUCAGACUCUUCCCACAGACACCACUUCUGCUUCUCCAUCCUGGGUGACUGAGAGCCCCACGCAGCGCCACAACCCCUUCAACGAGGACGGGCCCGAGGCGGCCUCCUCCGCCGACGCCACGCCCGUGCACGCGGCUGCCCGCGACGGGGCCGCGGCCACCCCCGAAGGGACGGAGCGGGCCGAGAGCUGCGCCGAGCUGGAGGUCAUCAGGUUAGCCAAGAAAAAGAAGACAGGCAAGAAGAAGAAGGUGAAACCUGAGGAGGCAGUGAACAGUCCAGCGCCCGAGGCCAGCGGGGACAGCGGCAUCAACGGGCUGAGCGACAGGGAGGAGCUGCCGAGGGACAGGGACGGGGACCGGGAGGAGCCGCCGAGGGACGGGGACCGGGAGGAGCCGCCGAGGGACGGGGGCCCCGCUGCCCUGGGCGGGCCGGAGGAGGGCGGGGAGCGCGGUGCCCUCGGCCCGCUGGCCCUGCGCAUCCCCGAGAUGAAAGAUACGUCCAUGGAGAGCGUGGGGCAGCCCCUGAGCAAGGUCAUGGACAGGCUCAACGGGCAGCUGGACCCCGGGGGUUGGAACGCCGCCCUGGAGCCCCCCGGGCAGCCCUUUCGGACUGGCACGCCAGGGGAGACCCCGGAUGGAUCGUCCUCUGGCGACUUUAGCGAGGGGAUUUCAGCCCCCAUGGACUUCUACCGAUUUACCGUCGAGAGUCCAAACGCUACUGCACCAGGUGGUGGCCACCAUGACCCUCCAGGGCCUGGCCAACCGCCACAUGUUUCUGGUAGCCCUGAGGCUCCUAAAGAAGAAGAAGAAAGCAGAGAAGGAGAAGCAGUUGGGGCAGUAGAGAAGUCUGAAAGGGCAAGUGAUGAACCUCAGACUAGCCAGACAGAAACCACCAACCAACAGGCUCUCUAUGAGCCCAAGAAGGAGCAGCCCAGCCCUUCCCCAAGCAGCGCUGAGGACUCUGGGGUGGAGGAAGGGCAGGGCAGCCCCUCGGAGCUGACCCAUCCCUCUGAGUUCAGGGUGGAUAACAACCAUCUCCUCCUGCUGAUGAUCCAUGUCUUUCGGGAGAACGAGGAGCAGUUGUUCAGGAUGAUUCGAAUGAGCACGGGGCACAUGGAAGGGAACCUGCAGCUGAUCUAUGUCCUGCUGACGGAUUGCUACGUGUACCUGAUCCGGAAAGGGGCGGCGGAGAAGCCGUACAUGGUGGAGGAGGCCGUGUCCUACAACGAGCUGGAUUACGUCUCGGUUGGGCUGGAUCAGCAGACGGUGACGCUGGUGUGCACCAACCGGAGGAAGCAGUUUCUGCUCGACACUGCCGACGUGGCUCUCACUGAGUUCUUCCUGGUCUCCUUGAAGUCAGCCAUGAUCAAAGGGUGCCGGGAGCCCCCUUAUCCCAGUAUCCUCACUGAUGCCACCAUGGAGAAACUGGCACUUGCCAAGUUUGUGGCACAGGAGUCCAAGUGUGAGGCCUGCAGUGUGGUUGUGCGUUUCUACGGCCUCGUUCACUGGGAAGACCCCAUGGACGAGGUGCUGGGACCUGGCAGCAGCAGCUGCUCCUCUGCAGAAAAUGCCGUGACCAAGGAUGGCAUCCUGCACUACAAGGCAGGCACCUCCUACCUGGGCAAGGAGCAGUGGAAGCCCUGCUUUGUGGUGCUCAGCAACGGGAUCUUGUACCAGUACCCAGAUCGGACAGACGUCACCCCUCUGCUCUCCAUCAACAUGGGCGGCGAGCAGUGCGGGGGAUGCCGGCGUUCCAACACCACCGACCGGCCCCACUCCUUCCAGGUGAUCCUGACAGACCGGCCCUCCCUGGAGCUGAGCGCUGACAACGAGGAGGACAUGGCAGACUGGAUGCAGUACUUCUGCCAGGCUGUCUCCAAAGGGGUGAUCCCCCAGGGUGUUGCCCCCACGCCGUGCGUUCCCUGCUGCCUGGUGCUGACAGACGAGAAGGCUUUCACGUGCCACGAGGACUGCCAGACCAGCUUCUUCCGCUCGCUGGGCACCGCAGAGCUGACGGACAUCACUGCCGUCUCCACGGAGGCUGGCAGGGAGUACUGUAUCCUGGAGUUUGCUCAGGACAGCAAGGAGUUCCUGCCCCCCUGGGUCCUUUAUUUUAGUUGCACUACGGAACUGGAGAGGUUUCUGUCAGCACUGAACAUCGCGUGGAGGAACAUCUACCAGGUCGAUCUCCAGCACAAGGCCAUUCUGGAUGCUGCUGUGAAGAAGAAAUGUGAGGAUGCCCAGAGCCUCAUCGACAGCGCCUGGCAGCGCAGCGACAGCCUCUGCCGGGGCCGGGCCGAGCGAGACCCCUGGUGCUAACUGUGGCCAGGGGAGGACAGUUCACGGGAGCCCAUUUUUGGGGAUCAGGGCCUGUAUCUGGCCAACUGGCACCCCAAACCCUCCUGACAUCGCUUGGUCCCCACCAGGGCCAUGCCUGCAGCUCUCCACCAAGCCAGGGACAUCCAGCAUGGUUUGGGGAGCAGCCAGACGCUUCACCACCUGCGCCUUCCUCCUUGUCCAGCUGCCACAGGGCAAAUAAUUUGCCUUUCACAGAAUAAUAUCCCAGUAGUAGUGAGGGGGAGGGUGGGAGCGGGGUGGGCUGGGACGAGCGUCCCCGUUCUGGUGGGGGGCAGGACUGAGGACUUGUUCAUUUUCGAACAGGGUCGGGGCGAGGCAGGAACACUCAAUUGUUGCCAUGCAUGUUUUCUUGCUCAUACAAUCACUGAGGACGGCACCCCUCUGCCUCCUUCUCCUGGAGAGCUCCGGGGCCUCCAGACACCACUGAACCACUCUCAGCCUGUCCAGGAGAUUUGAGGCUAGGGGAGAAGGAACAGGGCCAAAUAUUUGGCUUAAAGAUGGUUUUAGGCGAUCUUAGCAGCCGGUUUGUGAUUUGAAUGCUGGCCCUGUGCGCUGGGGAGAAGAGAUGGAGUCCCACGUUCUUCAGGUGUCCUGAGGGACGUUGUCACGUGGCUGCCACCAAACAUGUCCCCAUCUUCUCAGCUCACUGCAUCCGAGGCCAGCAAGGACUCAUUGCCACUUGCGCUCCACAACGAGCACUUUGGGGCACAACCCCAGCUUUUAAAUAAUAUUAAUAAUAAUAAGAAUAAUAAUAACGUGGAGACCUUCUCAUGUAAUAUAAGUUCACGGGGCCUUUUUCUGGGAGGAAACGUACGUGACUGAAUGUAUAUGUACAUACAUCUGCUUCCUUUCCCCCCUCCCCAAAUAAAUGGACCUUGAUAACUCGG